AUGGCUACAGCAAGGACGCCACUUCGCUCUUUAUUUAGAGCGUCUCACCUUCUAAGAUCGAGGCACCCGUGGAUCUGUGCAUCCCGAAAGCAUGGAUGGGCAACAACUUCCCGGCGCGGAGUCACAACUACGCCGCAAAGGCCCAACAAGCCUUACUAUGUGACAACACCAAUUUUCUACGUCAACGCUGCCCCUCACGUCGGUCAUUUAUACACAAUGGUGAUUGCCGAUAUCAUGAAACGGUGGCAGGUCCUGCUCGGGAACACAGAUGCUCAACUACUGACCGGAACCGACGAACAUGGAAUGAAGAUUCAACAAGCUGCCAUUCGAGCGGGCAUGGAUACCCAGGCAUUUUGUGAUAUGAACUGCCGAACCUUUGAGGCCCUAGCAAAGGCUGCAAACCUCGACAAUGACCAUUUUAGCAGGACCACAGACCCGGCGCAUCGAGAUGCCGUACAAUAUUUCUGGGAAAUGUUGCAACACCGGGGCUAUAUCUAUACUUCAAAGCAUGAAGGUUGGUAUUCAGUCAGCGAUGAGACAUUCUACCCACAGACGCAAGUACAGAACUCCCUAGAUCCAUCAACAGGGAGGAAACGAAUGGUGUCAAUAGAAACGGGUAAAGAGGUAGAGUGGUCCUCAGAGACUAAUUACCACUUCCGUCUCUCAGCCUUCAAGGAUCGUCUACUUGACCUGUACAAAAGAGAAGAUCCGUUUAUCACCCCUACCUCCUACACAGCUGCUGUGGUCAAUGGAGUUGAGUCGGGACUGCAGGAUCUCUCGAUUUCUCGGCCCGUGGAACGUCUGACUUGGGGAAUCCCUGUUCCUGGCGAUGACACGCAGACAAUCUACGUGUGGCUAGACGCGCUGGUUAACUACUUGACCAAAGCUGGAUAUCCUUUCCCACCUGGAAAAGAAAACACAUCUAUUUGGCCUGCAGACUUGCAUGUAGUUGGCAAAGAUAUUGUUAGAUUCCAUUGUGUUUAUUGGCCUGCUUUCCUCAUGGCACUUGAUAUUCCCCUGCCUCGGAACGUUCUGGUGCACGGACACUGGACAAUGAAUCGUGAAAAAAUGUCCAAGUCCACAGGCAAUGUUGUGAACCCGUUUUUCGCCAUUGACCGGUUCGGAGUCGAUGGCAUGCGAUUUUUCCUAGCGUAUCGGGGUGGUCUUGCUGAUGAUGCGGACUUUGACAAUUCUUUUAUCACCCGAGAUUAUAAGAAAAUGCUUCAGGGGGGCCUCGGAAACCUUGCUAUGCGUACAAUCGGAUGUGCGCGUGGCAAUUUGCGGUCGUACAUUAUGGACGCCGGAUUGGAUAAGCUUCCAGCUGCUACCCCUGAGGACUUGGAACAUCAAGAAAUGUUGGAGCAGACGCCUUCCCAGGUUGCCGAGCUUAUGCAGGAUCUGAACCCCCGUGCCGCUCUGCACGAAACUAUGAGUAUCAUCGAAAAGACUAACAAGUACUUCCAUGCGGCGGAGCCGUGGAAAAACCCUAACCCUCAACGAGUCAUCUACAAUGUGGCGGAAUCCUUGCGGAUCGCUGGCAUUUUAUUGCAACCGUUCAUGCCCGGCAAGUCUCAUGACCUUCUAGAAUUGCUCCGUGUAAAUACCUUGGACCCCUCCAAGCGGGCAUUCGCGGCCACAGCGUACGGUUCGGAUAGAGAUUACGGCGAGGGCGUUAAGAAAGGUGUUCUUUUCCCUCCUUUGCUAACUGAGGAGUGA